AUGAAAGUGUUUAAAUUCAGGUGGCUUUCGAUAAUUGUUAUGUCGGGAGGAUCCAGGCCGCACUGGGUCAAUACUUUGCUCAGACGACAAAAAGAGACCAACAAGAGCAAUGUCAGAUGCCAAAAAUGCCUCGACUACGGCCACUGGUCUUACGAAUGCUCGAACAAACGAAAAUACCUCCAGCGAGAUUCGCGAACGAAAGAGUUGAAAAAAGAACUGAAAAGAAAGCAGGAUGAAAAAAUCGCACAGAAGAUCCGCGAAAAGCGAAUCAAGAAAGGAUUACCAGCGGAAAGCUCCAGCAGCAGCUCCAGUAGCUCGAGUUCCUCUAGUUCGUCGGAUAGUUCCAGCUCCUCGGACGAAGAUUCUGAUGAUGAUCCCGUGGCAAAGAUGACUUCGUAUCUAUCAGGACUUUUAACUCGUGAUCCCACGGCUUCUUUCGCCUAUGAAGUUGGCGAGAGAAUUCCCGGCCUCGACGCGGCCCAGUCGAUUUGGACGAUUCACGAAGGCAAGCUGAAAAAGGCGCCACACACGAAAGUUUCUGUCUUCAACUACGAUCCAAAGACUGGCUCCGAUGUCACAACUGAAGUUGCUAAGAAUUGUCUCAAGAGGAUAAAGACCCUGCGCCAUCCGAAUAUCGUCACAUACAUCGAUUGUCUGGAAUCCGAAAAAGCGAUCUACAUCGUUACAGAGCCUGUAAUCCCACUCUCGAGCUAUCUUGAAAAGCUCGAUGACGAGACAGAAAUUGGCAUGGCCAUUGCUUGGGGUCUUCAUCAGGUUGUUGCCGGCCUCAGGAACGGUUUUCUCGUCAACAACUGCAAUUUAAUACACAACAAUGUGUGCAUGUCGUCGAUUUACGUAGAUCGAGCUGGUGAAUGGAAACUAAUGGGCCUCGAUUACAUGUUUGGAGAAAACGACUCUCCUCCUAUCAAAGUUUCCCACGGGCUUGAAAAAUACGACCCACCAGAGAAGGCAUCUCGAAAAAGAAGUUGUAAAUGGUCCUCUGAUAUGUGGGGGCUUGGUUGUCUGAUUUGGGAGUCUUUUAAUGGAACGAUGCACACUGCAAACUCGCUAAGAGACGUCGGAAGGAUACCCAAGAAUCUCCUGCCUCACUGGGCCGAGCUCGUUUCCGCAAAUCCUCAGAAACGACCCAAUCCAGAAACAUUCAUCAGCAAUUGUCGUGAGCGAAAACAGUUCAUGGACAACAUGUUCGUCGAUUGUAACCUUUUCUUGGGCGAACUGCAAAUCAAAGACGCAGAUAUCCGAACGGCCUUUCUCGAACGACUGGGAAAGAAUUUAGACCACUUUCCUAAAGACUAUGCUCGGUUUAAAAUUCUGCCCAUUUUACUCAAUGCCUAUCAGUUCGGAGAUGCGGGAGCUGCAGCGCUCGGGCCGAUUUUCAAACUUGGCCAAUUGCUUGAAGAAAGUGAAUAUCAGGAGAAAAUCGUCCCGUGUCUAGUGAAAAUGUUUUCGUCCAGUGAUCGAGCGACGAGAAUAGCUCUUCUUCGCCAAAUCGAGCACAUUGUUAUCCACCUCAAAAAAGAUGUCAUCAACAACCAAAUUUUCGUACCCUUAUCCGCUGGUUUCCACGACUCUGCCCCUCUCAUUCGUGAAGCUACAGUCAAAUCCAUUCUUCACAUUGCUGACAAACUCGACGACAAGAAUCUCAACACGAAACUCAUGACUCACUUCGCUCAACUUCAAGCCAAAGAUGACCAGGGCCCUAUCCGAACUAACACCACAAUCUGCCUAGGGAAGAUCCUCAAAUAUCUGAACAAAGAAACUCGUCAAAAAGUUGCACUCUCCGCCUUCGCGCGAGCUCUGAAGGAUCCUUUCCCUCCCGCUCGAUCAGCUGGGUUGAAAGCAAUGAUGGAAAACUCAGAAAUUUAUACGCCACAAGAAAUUGCUCAAAGAAUCAUUCCGGCUGUCUCACAGUCUUUAUGUGACGCGGAAAAGAUGGUCCGGGAUUCGGGAUUUGAAGUUUUGGCAACUUUUGUAAAGAAACUGAAGAUUAUUUCGGAUGAUCCAGAAGAAGCUGCUCAGUACUUGCCAAAAGAAGCGAGACAGGCGACCCCAAAUAAAACUGGAGGAGUCAGCUCGUCAACAAGUGCUUCUUCCGACAAUGCUUCAGCCGCUUCAGGCUGGGGCUCAUGGGCUGCCUCUGCGGCAAUGAACAUGACAAUGGCUGCUGCUACUGCCGCCGCUUCUAAGCUCAAGAAAGGCCCUGAAGCCGGCCCUGCCGCUCCAGAAGUUCCAACAGAAAUCGUUGUUAGUGGCACGAGUCAUCAGCAAGCAGCCCAAUCUACUCCCCCGCCGAAGCCAAAGACUUCUUCCAGUGGAGGAAUGAAGCUUCAGAAAAAGGAGCCAAAUCAAAUCGAUUGGGACGCCAUCGUUCCAGAAACGAAAGAAGCAUCGGAAGAUGAAGGCAAUGGAUGGGGAUGGGGCGCGGAAGAGCUUGACGAUGAGGAUGCAGACUGGGGUGAUGAUUGGAAUGCGCCUGCGAAACCCAUAAUCCCCGUGAAAAAAUCAGUUACUAAGCAAGUUUCGAAGACAAGUGCAAGGAAGACCAGCAACACAGGCCUCAACUCUGGUUUUAAUGACGACAAUAGCGGAUGGGGCGCCGGAGAUGAUUGGGAUACGGAUAAUUGGAACAGUUCCUCGAAAUCAGGGGCCACCUCAGCCGCAGCAAAGAAAAAGGCAGAAAGGGAGGCGAAACUGGCGGCGAGAAAAGCUGAGAAUGAAAAGUAA